AUGGAAGAUUUCAAACACGAUGACAUUACCAGUGUAGGACAUCUCAUGUUGCGACAGCAACGUCAGACGUUAAAAUACCUACGUCUGAUCGAGAUGGAAGUGCCUCUGUUAGCAGCAUUCCGGAAACCUGUUCAUCCUGUCCCUCUAUCGCAAUCACCCAUCUCUAUCCGUACCCUUUCAUACGGUGGCGAGCCACACCCCGCAACGAACAAAGCUGUUAUUGUAGCCCCCGUAUCUUACCUUCCCCUCAAGUCUCCAUCUGCCAUACACAAAUUCAAACUUCUUGCUGGUCCACGGUGGACCACUGAUGUUCCUCGUGAUGCUGGUUUCAGCGGAAGAGUCAAGGAUGGGGAGGGGGUUGCACAUGGAUUUAUCAAGAUUUCUCACGAAGCAUUCCCCCUGGCUAGUAUGAAUGCAAAAUGGUGUUCGGACACGCUCGAGAAGCUCAUAGAGGAGGCAAAUAAAGACAGUGAUGCGUUCGCAGAAAUGCCGAUAUCUCAUCGGCACAUCGAAGCACGCGUCAUGAGGCAGCGGCGCGGCGACCAUCGCAUAACACCCGGCCCAAGAAGCUGGAAAAAAACAACAAUUAAAGACAUUCCACGCCGGUGGUUGUAA